AUGAAUUCUCAGAUAAAUGGAACUUUUUGUUCCAAUAAAUUUUCUCCAUAUAUUGACAAUAAAAUCAAUGCUUUGAAUCCCUGUUUCUUAUCUUUAAUAUAUGGAUCACAAGCUAUUUUAUUUUGCAUGAUUGGUAUAAUUCAAUUCUAUAGACUGAUUAGGCCCCAAACAGUGCCUCCGAAUACUAAUAGAAAUGCCUUCCGUAUUUGUCUCAUUUCAUCUUCUCAUAUCAUACAUUUGACAUCUAUCUCUUUCCAAUUCAUUUUAUUAUACUGCCAAUUAUAUCUAACUGAUUGUGAGAAUAUUACAAAACUAUCAAUUUCUAUAAAUAUAUUAUUUAUUUUAUUUAUUUCAUUCCCAACACAAUACUUUGUCUAUUUUUACAGCAUCUGUUCAUUAGGAAGUCAACUAUUUUAUUAUUUAUUUCAAACAAUAUUUUUGUUGUAUCUGUUGGGUCAAAGAUUCUUCCACUAUCCAAAUGAGGUAUACAAUCUAACAAAAGGUAAGUACUCUGUUAUAUUUGAGAUAUUACUUUUAUUUAAUUCAGCAAACAUACUCUUUUAUUUAUCUUCCCUAUUUGAACCAUAG